AUGGAUCCAUAUGCAUCCUUGGAUUAUUUAAAAUCCCGCGAUAAAAUUUUUUUCACUGCUGAGGUAAUAUUCAGCAAUACAGUCAGAUCAAUGGUUAAUUUAAACGAUGAAAUAAGCAAUGAAGAGAUGAUUUCCAAACGAAAUCGGAAAUUGGGCAUGAUAUCGAUAGAGGAACCGAUUAAAAUGACGCGAUAUGAUCAAAAUAAUCCAUUAAUACAUGUACAGGUACCAAUAUAG